AUGGGAUCCGGACAAAUGUAUCUGAACCCCGGUGUCCAGACAGACUCUCGCCUGUGGUUCCCUAUAUUACUGUGGACAAUGGGCGUGGUGGGCGUAGUGGUGGGCGUGGUGGUUGGACUCUACAUCAUCAGGAAGUACCGGGAGAGAAAAUGGGGACAGUGCAAAAGUAAACGUCGCAUGGAAGGCAAAAUUGUUGUGAUCACAGGAGCUAAUUCAGGCAUUGGCAAGGAGACGGCACGAGACUUGGCAAGUCGUGGGGCAAUUGUCAUACUGGCCUGUAGGAACCGGCUCGCUGCCCUGGAGGCUGUCCGGGACAUACGCACCACUACAGGUGAUGGUGACCUGAUUGUUAUGGAUCUAGACCUCGGUGAUCUGGCCUCUGUGAGAACAUUCGCCUCAAAGGUCCUCGAGAAGUUCAGCAAGAUUGACGUCCUGAUCAACAACGCAGGAGUUUUUAUUCCUCCUGAAGAAAGAAAGAAAACAAAGGAUGGUUUUGAGAUCCACAUGGGGGUAAACCAUCUUGGUCAUUUUCUCCUGACACAUUUGCUGCUCGACCGGAUUCAGAGCACGCCCAGUUCUCGAAUCGUUUUAGUGUCGUCAAUGUUGUACAAACGUGGCAAGAUUGACUUUGACAACAUGGAUGCUGACAAAGGCUGGGACAAGAAUGAAAGGAACCAAUUAUACAAUAAUUCAAAACUGGCUAAUAUAUUCCAUAGCCAAGAGCUUGCUAAGAGGCUGCAGGGCAGCAGUGUGGGUGUGUUUGUGUUGUGCCCAGGAUUUGUGUACACAGGUCUCAUGCGUUACAGUGCUCCCAAGUUCAACUGGAUCCAGAAACUCUGCUUUGCACCCAUAAUGUUCCUUUUUAUGAGGAACGCUCAGCAGGGAUCCCAAACUACAAUCCACUCUGCUGUGUCGGAGGAAUUGGAUGGUGUUGAGUGGGGUUUCUUGCGUGAGUGUAAGAUUGACGGUUUAGAGGAAGUUGCCCAAGACUCGGUCACAGCAGCCAGGCUCUGGGACGUGUCAAUGACUAUGGUCGGGGAGAAAACUGUAGGAGUAGCUGAGGGGGAGGGGGAGUUAGUGGAGGAGCAAGGGGUAGUACUGGAGGAAGAAGGAGUGUUUGUGGAAGAGGAAGAUGAGGAGGAGGAGGAGGAGGAGGAAGAAGAGUCGGCAGGAGAGGAUGAAGGAGUGUUAGUUGAUGAAGGAAUAACACUGGAAGAUGAUGAUGAAGAGGAUGAAGGGGAGGAACCUGUUGUUGCAGAGAAAGAAGUGUCUGAAGGAGAACCAUCAGAAGGUGAAGGAGAAGAAGCAGCAUCAUCAUCAGCUGAAGAAGAUGAUGAAGCGCUAGUAGACAUUGGGUCCCUUGAUGAUGAUAAAAGGUUGUUGUUGCAACACCAAGACCAGAAAAAUAGUAAAUCAAAAUAAUGAGAGAAUUAUAUAGAUGUUGAAGUAGACUGAUGAUAUAAACGUCUUCUCAUAUCAAUAAUAAUAAAGUAAUAUGAAUAAUAUAUACAAAUAAUUAUAGGGAAUAUUUAAAUCUAGUAUUAGUUUUUAGGCAAAUUUUCUUCAAAUAUACACUAAUUCUUUUCUCUGGUGCGGUGGAGGAUGGCUUGCUCCACCCUAUUGGUAGGAUGAUAUAUCAAUAUAAUGGUGAAUUUCUUGUUUCAGUCUAUGCAAUGAAUAGAAGUAACUUGCUCAUGUCUUGAACAACUCUGAUGUGGAUUUUUGAGUUGGUCAUUUUUAUUGGAUUUGUGUUGGUAGAAUGUCUGUUGAUAAUUGCUGUGGUAACUUUACAAUGCAUAUAUAUAUAUAACCUUCACAGCUUUAUCACAUGUUCAUAUGGCUGUUGGUGCAUGAGCCUAAGUCCCCAAGAAUGACUGAAAGUUUCUUCUGAUAACUUGUGUAUAAUUUGGAAGUCGUUUGCCACAAGUAAUUACUCUUCCAUGGCAAAUGUCUUUAACAAAUCCCUAAUUUCGUUAAUAUUGCGGCCUCUGAAUAUACUGUAUGAUAAAUCAUUCAAGCAGUUCUCCAUGCUGUUAUAUGUUUGCGUGCUUGUCCAUGCACACAUACAAAGUACAUAUUACAGGAUACUUACAACAGAUGUACAGGAAACAGAAAGAGCAGAUGAUCUACACACACACACACAUGCACACACCUGAUGCUUCAUCCAGAACUACACACUUCCCAUGAGUAAAUACUGUAUGCAUAGGAGUUGGAUUUUGUGAAGUUUUCUUACGAGAUUAAUGUGAAUGGUCAUCAUGAACCUCUCGACUAUAGGUAUUAUUAGUGCAGUAUUGACAUGUUUACCAUGCAAAUUUUUCCGUCCUGGUAAAAUUCAACUAUAAAUGAGGCAGAUUUGGUCAUAUUUUUAGAUAUUUGUUGCAUUUGUAUUGUUAAAAUUGUAUAAGUAUUGACAAUUCUGUAUAUAUUUAGGUUGCCUAAAACUGCAAAAUAAAAGUUGUGUUACCUA